UUUUCGUUCAUGUCUUUAUCACAUCACGCAGAAAAAAACUACAAUUUUUGAAAAAACGUCUUGUUUCUUGGAAGAUUAGGGUCGGAACAUUCUGUGCUACUUGCACAUUUACCGGCUAUCCUUGUUUGAUUUGAAAAAUGAUGAUCUAUUGAGAAUAAUAGUUAAUAAUUGACAAGCGUGCACGUUCGGUAUAAUUCAGCACUCAGACAGUGUCCCUAGUUACAAUUGAAAAUUUAGUUUACCAAGGUUUAACCUUAACUGGUUUGAGACCGGGGCUUUUAAAAUCUAAUAAAUUCAGCGAGGUCUUCAAAAACCGCCUUCUUCCUUUCUAACUGAUGUGAACAAAUUUUGACCCCAUUUAAUCUCAAUUUGCUGCAUUGACAAAUCCUUCUGAUUGUCUUCAAAAUCGCAUUAAGGGACCGAAGAUCUCUAAAAGUAUCAUUCUUAUCGGAAUAUUUUGAGGUCAACACGGGGGUUGGAAGACUGCUUAAGAUAUUUUUCUGAGAUAAUUCUUGAAAUUGAGAAUAAGAACAAUUGGAUUAAAUCGGCUCAAGUUUCCAAGUUGCCAAUCUUGUGAUAAGAACUCCCCUUUAAGAACAUCAUUUGAACCAAAUUUUUGAAGUUUUCUGCCUUGCUUGUUACGCCCAACCAAGUGUCAAAUCCGACAGCAAUGAGAGUGGCACUAAUCGGAGCUGGAGCCGCAGGCCUUUCAGUCCUUCGUCUGAUCCCAGAAGAGGUCUUGCAAAAUGGAGAAGUUGUCUGCUUCGAGAGCUCAAACUAUUACGGAGGUCAAUGGUGCCAAUAUGCACCAAAAGCGGACGAUGUGACCGAAGACCCAACUUCGAGCAUGUAUAAGAAUCUAGUGACCAAUCUUCCUACUUGCAUCAUGCAGUAUCCCGACUUCUCAUGGGAUCAUCCUAAUUCAUUUGUCCACCAUACAGACGUCGCAAAGUACCUGUUAGACUACUGCUACAAAAACAACCUGCAGAAAUAUGUAAUCCUGAACAGAAAAGUGACGAGUCUAAGUCGCAACCGAAACGACGGAACCUGGAAUCUAUCGUCGGUUGAUUGCACAGGUAAUUCUGAUGUGCAGAAUGACGAAGUAUACGACUAUGUUUUUGUAUGUUCUGGUCAUUUCACGUAUCCACGCACAAUGGAACUCGACGGUCUGGAUAAGUUUCCGGGAAAAGUGUUCCACAGUCGCUGGUUUGACGACCCAGAGGACUUUUCCGGGAAAACUGUGAUGGUAAUUGGAAAAGCAUUAUCUGGAAUUGAUAUUUGCUGUGAAAUGCAACCGUAUGCAAAGAAGAUAAUUGCCUCGAGUCAUUGUCCUACCAAGUAUUUCAAACGAUACGAUAACGUCGAAGAAAUUGGUAUGGUGACACAUUAUGAAGAUGGAUCGUUUGUCCUAAAUGACGGUACUAAAAUUGACGAGAAAGUAGACGUUGUGAUUCUUUGUGUAGGUUUCACUUACGACAUGCCUUACUUGGAUCGUGAAACAUCAGAGGUUGAAAUAAGCGAUGGUUUCAUAGGGCCGCUGUAUAAGUUCACAGUCCAUGCAAAAUUCCCCUCGCUUUUCUUUAUCGGCCUCAAUCAAAGAAUUUGCCCGUUCACAUUGUUCUACUACCAGAGUGCAUUUUGCUGGGCUAUCAUAACUAAAAACUUGAAACUUCCCAUCAAUUUGAAAGAGAUUUGUGAAAGUGAGAUUUUGGAAAGGACGUCGAUUAUGAGGAAGAAACACUUCUUUCAUCUAUCUUUCGAUGAAGAGACGGCUCUUGUGACGUUUUUUGCUGAAUCGGCAAAUUUGCCUCACCCGCCCAAAUGGCUAGCAAGGGUAAGAGAAGGAGUGGCCCAGGAAAGAAAACUUGACCCGAUACGAUACAAAAAGCAGCAGAUUUCUAUCUUGGACGAUUGCAAAAUUGUUAUUGCAGAUCCAGACGGAAAUAUUGUGCGUCAAUUGUACUGAAUUGUCGAACUUUGUUUUGAACCACUUAAAAAAUCAAAAAUGUGUCAAGACCCCAAUGAAAAAAUGCGAAUUCUACAACUAGUGGAUUGUGUUUAUAUAUGUGUAGUUUAAUCUGAUCCAUACUAUUUAACAUGACUCUGUGUGGCACCAAUGAAGCCCAUUAAAAAUAACGAUUAAAUCAA